CUUUCGCAGUAUAUAAUCUGACCAUUGGACGCGAAGCUUUAUCACAUUAUCUCAUCAGGCCUUGCAGUUUCCAUUGGUCGAGCCUACGGUCCAGUUUCUUCCACCAGCUAUAAAAACACCAUGGCGUCUCGUUUACCGCUUUACCGCUUGCAGGAGCAACAAUUAAUGACUGCUGCGCGUCUGGCGCAGAGGUCUCGCAGUCUUCAUGUCGGAGCCUCGAGAUCUCUGUCGUCCCUUGCCCUGCAGGGACGCGGUGCUGCUGUCCGCCCGGUCUCCAAGCCUAUGCGUUCUGCGCUGCUGAGCGGUUCUAAAGCAAACCUCGAGUCGAACUUGUUCUCUCUGGGCGGCACCCAGGUCCGCACCUACGCCGAUACCAUUGUCAAGGUCCCCUCGAUGGCUGAGUCGAUUACGGAAGGCACACUGAAGCAAUUCUCCAAGCAGAUUGGCGAUUACGUCGAGCGGGAUGAGGAGAUCGCUACCAUCGAAACAGAUAAGAUCGAUGUUUCCGUCAAUGCUCCCGAGUCGGGUACGAUAAAGGAAUUCUUGGUGAACGAGGAAGACACCGUCACGGUUGGCCAGGAAAUUAUCAGACUGGAACUUGGAGGCGAGCCGGCGCCGCCAAAGAAGGAGGAGGCUGGGGAAGGCCAGAAGCAGCCAGCUGAACCGAAGGCCCCCAAGGAGGAGCCCAAGCCAGAGCAGAAGACCGAAGCUCCCAAGCCCGCUGAGGAGAAGCCCAAGGCCCCAUCCGCACCGAAGCCCGAGCCCCCUGCACAGAAGCAGCAGCAGCAGCCUGAGACUACCCAGCAGCCCCAGCCCGGAAGCCGUGAGGAGCGUAGAGUUAAAAUGAACCGCAUGCGCCUGAGAAUCGCCGAACGUCUCAAGCAGUCCCAAAACACCGCCGCUUCUCUGACCACCUUCAACGAGGUCGAUAUGUCUUCGUUGAUGGAAUUCCGCAAGCUGUACAAGGACGAUGUUCUGAAGAAGACGGGUGUCAAGCUCGGCUUCAUGAGUGCCUUCUCUCGUGCCAGUGUUCUCGCCAUGAGGGAAAUCCCUGCCGUGAAUGCCUCGAUUGAGGGCCCGAACGGAGGUGACACCAUUGUGUACAGGGACUAUGUUGAUAUCAGCGUGGCAGUUGCGACGGAAAAGGGUCUUGUUACACCUGUUGUCCGCAACGCUGAGACAAUGGACCUUGUGGGCAUUGAGCAGGCUAUUGCUAACCUCGGUAAAAAGGCGCGCGACAACAAGUUGACCAUUGAGGAUAUGGCCGGUGGUACUUUCACUAUCAGCAAUGGCGGUGUCUUCGGAUCCCUCAUGGGAACCCCCAUUAUCAACCUUCCCCAGACAGCUGUUCUCGGUCUCCAUGCGAUCAAGGAGAAGCCCGUCGCCAUCAACGGAAAAGUGGAAAUCCGACCUAUGAUGUACCUUGCUUUGACCUACGACCACCGUCUUCUGGACGGACGGGAAGCCGUUACCUUCCUUGUUAAGAUCAAGGAAUACAUUGAAGAUCCUCGCAGGAUGCUGCUUGGCGUCUAAGUGUUUGGACAUACAUCUGCCGUCUCUCGGUGCCGGUUCGGUUUUCAUCACCAGGGACUACCUCUUCUGUAGACUAUUAUUCAAUUUCAGGGGAGUCAUAUUGUCUUCUAUCUGUGAGAGCGCUGCAUAUUUCAAUG